AUGGCUGCCAAUGCUAUUGGUCGUUCUUUGUUGAUCCAAGGAAACCGUGCGGGGCCCGAGCUUGCCCGGACUGUCAAGUUUCCUUCACUGAUUAAGGCUGAGCAUGGCUACGAUUUAAAUAGCGUAGACCGCGACGGUAUAUAUCGAGCGUACCAUGCAUAUGGUCGAGUCUUGGAUGCGGCGCGGCUCGGUCGUACCCAGAUUAAUGCCUACCUAGAGGCCUUAGAGGGUGCUGUAGCUGCUGGAGCAUACACUGAAGAACAGCUGGCAAAAGACCGACUCAACUACCAGCAGGAAGCGAAGGUGGUCUCGACUGAAAGACUCACUCGCAGACAAUUCUUGCUAGGUCACUUACGGAUUCUUGCGGAGCCUGUUGACAUUUUUAAGAAGUUGAAGUUCUCCAUGCAAAUAUCCGCCGUCUACAAUUGCCAUGCGUUCAUUUUCAAUACAUCUUAG